UAUAUUGUCACAUAUGCCAUUCUUAGUACAUCAAGUGUAAAAUAAAAAAAUAAACAUGAAAAAGGGGCCUUUUUAGGUAAAGAAUGAGUUGGAAGGUUAUUCGCUAGCGUAAGUAUUGUCCACUGGAUUCUCAUGGUGCCAACGGUCAAGAUGAUGAAGUCGAUCUAUAUAACGCCUUUCCUACCUCCUUGAGGUAUCCCUUGGAUCUCUUGCCCUCUUUAUAGACUACGCAAUCCUUUCAAGCUAACAAUGGUGUUUCGAUUUGGGGAUAGAUCUAUGUUCCGCGAGCCGGUGCCGACAGAAAGAACAACUCCAUCAACGAGAAUCGGGGCCACAAGCCGGUCCUUGCUUCGGGAGCUCAUCACCGGCACUCUCCCAGGCCCGGAUCUGUACAUCCCCGAAGAGAAUCAAGGCGGCGACAUGUAUGGUACAUCUCCUUAUCCUCUGAUUGCAACCGGUGAUGUCCAUCUUCAUGGGUCAAAUCAUAUCGCGCAAGAUGGCAAGGUUCCACAACAAGAUGCUACACGAUUUAUGGGAGCGGGUUAUUUUGAUUCUGGCAAUGCUAUAUGUAGUAAUCAGGCCCUUAUGGAAAAUACCAUUCCUUCGGAGAGUUCUGCAGUGACUAUUGAUAUGGCAGCAAGCCAGGCAUAUGCCGAAGAGGAUGCUGCAACCCACAACGAGAGAGGGCUGUGGACACCUAAUGAGGAUAGUAAGCUUAGAGAGCUUGUGAAUGAGCAAGGUGAAAAGAAGUGGUCAAAAAUUGCAAAGGAUCUCCCAGGCAGGAUUGGAAAGCAAUGCAGAGAGAGAUGGCUCAACCAUUUGAAGCCUGGCAUUAAGAAGGAUACCUUCUGGACAGAAGAAGAGGACCUGAUGCUUGUAGCCUGGCACCGGAAGCUCGGCCCCAGUUGGGCUGAGAUGGCAAAGCACAUCCCUGGCCGGCCAGAGAACAGCCUCAAGAACCAUUGGAACGCGACCAGGCGCCAUGUGUGGAAGAACAGGGAGACAAUUGAGAUGGCCGUCAAGGAUGGGACCCACCCCAACGUCCUCGUGGUCUACAUGGUGCGCGAGUGCGGUGUUCUGAAGGGGGCGGGCGCCCCGGCCAGCGCCUCUGACCCGCCGGUGCCGGAUCCUGUGCCGGACGGCUGGCAGGCGGACGACAACCCCGCCGCCACGGAGCCAUCGCCGGGCUCCAACUCGCCCGACCAGUGCUGGCUGCCGAUGCUUUGCGGCGGCAUGCUGCCUCCACCGAUAAUGGAGGCGCCAGCGCCACUGCCAGACCACAACAACGUCGAGAGCUGCGUGUAUGCUACGUACGACGCCGACGGCUACGUGCGCUACGUGCACCUGCAGCCGACGCCGGGGCACGACGGCUACGCUCCGGCCAACCAGGUCGCCGCCGCCGCCGAGGCUGCCGGAUACUACAACCCCCUGACAUUCCCGUACAACCCGUUCGCUGGGCAGCAAGUGUACGCCCCGGAGGACGGGACGAGCCACUACUACAGCAACAGCGGCGCUGGCGGUGACGAGGCGCACGGCAACGCUGGCUCUGUUUCCGCGGCCCCGGAGCUGGCCGGCAUGCCAUUCAGCGGCAACGCACCAGCUGCCCAGCAUAACCAGCGUGGCCGCGGCGGCGCCAUUUGA